AUGCACCAUAGUAUCAUUACCUUCUUUCUAUCAACAAGCCUCCUGGGCAUCGUUCGAGCUGCCUCAGGUCCCGACGCCAUUGUAGCAGGCAUCAAAAAUGUCACAAACGACAUAGUUACUAUCAACAGCACUCUCAAUACAUUCAACGGCUCGUUGAUAGGAACUUUAACUGCUCUCCAAAUCCAAGGGCAAGCUCAAGAUCUGCUAUCAGGAAUCCAGAGCACCACUGCUACAGCCAAUGCUACAUCGGUACUGGGCCAGGCAGAUUCAAUCACGGUGACCAAUUCGGUCACCGGGUUGCAGACAUCUGUAUACAGCCUUCUUGACAACUUUAUUGCCCAUCACCAAGCUUUUGAAACCGCUGUUUUGGGUGUUGCAUCAGCAACUGGUCUCGUGGAGUCAGAUCUCACAAAUAUCAAGAAUGCUACCGAUGCGCUUGGAAACGCCAUUAUCAGCAAGCUCAUACCGGAAAUUCAAAAGCUAGCUCCACUUGUGCUGUCGGAAAUUGACUUUCAUUUCCAACGAGCUCUACAGAUGGAAUCUGCUGGUGUCAUGAAUGGUUGUACCACCGGUGGUUUACCAAGGGCCGACGUCAGUUAUGUUCCGAGAUGUAUCUUUGUCGCUGUUAUUGUUGUGGGGAUUUGGCAACAAGCAAGCCCGUCUAGUCCGUUCCACGCGGAUGCCGCAUUUGCCGCGCCCGUAAAUUACUACACCGGGGGUCAGGAACAAGAGUCCAGUGGAGUUGCCCGUGUAGACAAUCAUGUAGGGCUCUCAAAGCAGAACCAAACUACUGAUGCAUUUCGACGGAAACGAGAACGUAUCUACAGGGCUUGCGUGGAAUGUCGACUAUCGAAAACGAAGUGUAAUGGUGUCAAGCCAUCCUGUAUGAGAUGCCAGCAAAGGAGAAUCAAGUGCAUGUACGAGCAGACUCCGCAGUCAUUGCCAGCAUGGGCGCAAAGGUUGACUGUUCCUACCAACCCGGCGUCUACGACAGCCGUUGCAUCAUUAAGCGAUGGAACUAGAGAGAUCGAUACUGUACCAGUCACGCACCACGAUGCUUAUCGCAGCACAUCUCCUGAUCCUCUGCAGCAGUCGACGGCUACUAUAGUAGACGAAAAAUCAUCUCUAUCAUGGCUGACUUCCCCAACGCUUCCCCCUGCUAAGCAGGCUAGACUGCUAGCUGAGCAGUAUUUCACUAAUAUUCACCCUCUUCGCUGCUUCGCCUUCAUCCAUAAACCUUCCUUUUUGCAGAACAUGGAGGCAAGGGGCUUACCGAGAGAGCGAAACGCUCUUCUUCAUAUAAUAUGCGCUUUGGGCGCUCAAUUUUAUGCCCUCGAACAGCAAGAGGAAGGCCUCUCGCUUGAGCCAGGAUUCAUUCGUGCAGCUGGCAGCCAGUGGGCGACCGCAGCACAACAUCUCAUUCUAACAGAUUUGGAUCAAAUUUCUGUUCAAAAUUUGAUGGCAGCACAUCUUCUUCAAGACUAUGUAGUAAGAAUAGGGAACUAUGCGCUUGCUUUCAUGCUCAGCGCCAUGGCAUCGCGUAUGUCUCAGGCCCUUCAGAUCAAUUUAGAGUACUCCACCGACAUCCUCUGCAAAGAGACCGAAAAACAUCCCUCCAUUACUAUCCGAGAGUCCCGCCGUCGGCUAAUGUGGAGCUGUUAUGUCGCCGACUCUCUCGUGGGUAGUGGUGUAGACCAACUUACGAUGAUCAACGACGAUGAUCUAAAGAUCCAAUUACCAUGCAACGAAAGGAACUUUACGCAACAGAUAAUUUGCAUAACUGAAACUCUUAGAGAUCGUCAGCCCCUGCCCUUCAUUUCUCCUGAGCUCAGACCGUCUAACCCGCAAGAUAACAUGGGCAUUGCCGCAUAUUUUUUGCGGCACAUGGAGAUCAGGAGACGGGUUUUACGGUAUAUAAAACAUCUAGACCAGGCCAAGUUACCGUGGCUUCCAGAUUCAGAGUUUUCGGUCUUGGAUGCUGAAUGCAAAGCGUGGUAUAACUCACUUCCGCCUAGCCUGCAGUUCACAUCGACAGCCGUAUAUAUCAGGAAAGACACCCACCAGCUUGGGGCUCUCUGUAUUUUACACUGUGGCUAUCAUGAGACCAUGUGUGACCUGUAUCGUAUCGGAGCGCCGCAUUUGUACAAAAUUCGGGCAGCGUUUGACUUCCCACAGGAGCAAUCCCCCUUUCUACAUUCUGUACAGUGGACUCUAUUUGAACAUGCCAGGAGCAUUGCGAAGAUCGUAGAAGAGGCUAUGCGCCACGGAACGAGAAUCCUAGCUGAUUCAUGGCUUCCGUCCAUCAUUUACGAUAGCUGCCGAAUCAUGGUCUAUUACCUGACACAACUCAUUGACCCUUCCGAUACGAAGACGCCUCUCACUUUAGAAACGGUACCGCUUCUGGAGCGAAAUGUAAAAGCGUUGAAGAGGAUGCAAGCUAUCCAUGCUGUAGCUGAGCCACUGGUAUUUUCUACUCUUCAGCAAAUGUUGUUAUGCCGUAACUAA